AGUGAGUGAAGACUACCCGAAAGAGUCGUGCACCAUUCAGUCUGUCCGCGGGCGUCCGUCAAGCAGACUUCUCCGGCUCUCUUUCUCCCGGCCCUCCCUUCCGGCCCGUAUCUACCUCCCUCGCUCGUUCGCCCGUCCCGUUCGCUCUGGUCUCUCGGGGGACCUCGUGGAGGACACAUGUCGUCGGCUGGUGGUGCAGCUGCUACCGGCUAACUCGCGUAACUCGCGUGCGCGUUAAGUACGACGAAUUCACACGACGUUUUCCGUCAGUGUUGCCGGAACGCUGCCUUUCGUCGGUCGUCAUCGUCGCCGUCACCGUCACUCCCUCGUCUCGUUUUCCACGUGUGUGUUGUUACGUCUUUUCGCGCGCGAUUGGCUCUCAUGUAUGAAAGUGACCACUCGACGACGACGCGGUGACGGAGUGCUCGUAGUGUGGCCAGUGACGCGCGCAGAUCAGCGGACAGGAUGUGGUCGACCGGGCUUCUUCUCCGGAGCCUCCUCUGGGGGCUCGCGAUCGUCUGCACGCCGGUCACCCGGCACGUCGCCGACGGCUUCAACGUCGAGACCAAGCACUACGCGGUGUACCGCAUGGAGGAUAGCUCCAUGUUCGGCUUCGCCGUGUCGACGUAUCGCGACAAAUACGCCCGCGGAUGGGCGGUCGUGGGCGCACCGGAGGCUGAAACUGCACAGGCCGGCGUAUACCGAGGAGGCGCAGUCUAUAAAUGCGAUAUCGCCACCGACGAUAGAUGCAACAUAAUCCAUUUCGACGAUAAAGGGAAUAAUCAUGUCAAAAAUCCAAGUAUCCCUAACGGCUUGAGUCAGAUCGACAACAAAACGCUGCAAUGGUUCGGUGCCACGGUCUCAGCUUCUAGCAAGGAUGGAGGCCCGAUUCUGGCUUGCGCGCCCAGGUACAUCUGGUUCUCGGUGUCGCAGCAGAAGUACGAUCCCGAUGACAAUAGGUGGAACAAGGAGUCGAUGGCGGGCAACCGAAGGGAGCCAGUGGGCACGUGCUGGGUCGUCGCUAAUAACUUCAACGACUCGCAGGAAUACUCGCCUUGUCGCACGAGGUACUGGGGCUAUCACAGGCAGGGCUCUUGUCAGGCUGGUUUAGGAGGCGCGUUGUCUAAGAAUGGCGAGAGACUCUUCAUAGGAGCACCAGGCAGUUAUUACUGGCAAGGUCAGAUAUACUCGAUCGCCGCCUCCAUGAGAUUGAAGUUCGUGGCGACGAUGUUAAUCACCGAAGCCGAAGCAUCAGGACAAGCGUUUUCGCAAGCCUUGAAUAAUGGUCGAUCGAGAAUUAUGUUCACCAAAGAGGGUCCGGCGAAGGAGGACGAUAGUUACAUGGGUUAUUCCGUCACGACAGGAGACUUUGUUGGAAACGGAGAUAGUGGUACCGCGGUUGGCGUCCCGCGUGGUUCCGAUCUUCUCGGCAAGGUCUUACUUUUCACGUCGAACAUGACGAAUCCUCGAAAUCUUACUGGCGAACAAAUGGGCGCGUACUUUGGUUAUGCUGUGGCUGCCGGCGACAUAGAUGGAGAUGAAUUGGAUGACCUGAUAGUCGGUGCACCCAUGUACACAGUUCCAGAUAACCCGGAAAUGACCAUCGAAACCGGAAGAAUUUACGUUAUCUAUCAGGGCCAGGGUGCAGAAAAAUUCCGUAAAUUCGAUACAAGGGACGGCGAAAGCAACCGCGGACGUUUCGGUUUGUCACUGGCCUCUCUGGGGGACAUCGACCGUGACGGUUACGGUGAUUUUGUCGUCGGCGCGCCCUAUGCUGGUCCAAAUGGUCGCGGUGCCGUCUACAUCUAUCACGGCUCACGGACCGGGGUACUGGAGAAAUAUUCCCAGGUGAUCCACGCGGAAGAUUUGGACAAUCCGGUACAAACCUUCGGGUUUUCCGUAGCCGGUGGUCUUGACCUCGAUGGCAACAUUUAUCCAGAUCUGGUAGUCGGUGCAUACGAGUCGGCAUCAGCGAUGUUUUUCAGAUCACGACCGGUGAUCAAAAUGGACUCCUACGUGACCUUCGACUUCGAGUCCAAGCUGAUCUCUUUAGAUAACAGAAAUUGCACCCUUUCGGACGGCACUCGAGUCACGUGCUUUCCGCUUAGGGCUUGCUUUAAGUACACAGGAGAGGGUGUUCUCAUAAGGCACAAUUUCAACAUACAAUACGUACUCGAUGUGAAGAAGACGAAGAAUCCGAGAUUAUUUUUUCUCGAGUUAGAGGGUAGGAACACGAUGAAUCACACGAUAACGGUCGAACGCGAUCGCCAGUUCUGUCGCACAAUCCAGGUUUACGUGACUCCUAACAUUCGCGACAAGUUAACAUCAUUGGACGCUGAAAUGCGUAUGAGUCUAGAGGAAGAACGGAUUCCAGAUAAUCGCCGUCGUGAUCCUAGAAUGCCACUGAGACCAGUCCUCGGUGCGACGACCUCCAGGAAGGACACGCUUUCUAUCAGAAAGAACUGCGGCUCUGACAAUAUCUGCAUACCAGACUUGCAGCUCAAAGUGACAUCCAACGUUGACAAAUACUUAUUAGGAUCUCGCAAUAGACUGGAACUCGAAGUUUUCGUUCAAAACGAGGGCGAAGAUGCCUUCGAGGCAACGUACAAUCUGCAAUUACCGGCCGGCAUUGACUACAUCAAGAUCGAGCGUAUCGAGACCCUGGAAAUUCCCGUUCACUGUUCCGCGCCCAAACAAUCGAACAACAAUACGCUACGCUGUGAUAUCGGAAAUCCAUUGCCACAGAGAAAGCUGGUGAAAUUCAGAGUGCUACUUCAACCUGUGACGUCUCACGGGAUGAACCCCAUUUACGAAUUUGAUAUGCACGUCAACACUACGAACCCGGAAGAUUCCAGAACUGUCCAUGAUAACUCGUACCAUUUAUCACUACCAAUCUGGAUAGAAACAGAUUUACGCGUCGAUGGUGAGAGCAAGCCCAAGGAUCUGUACUAUAAUCCUGACAAUUACACCGGCGUGAACAUUACAACAGAGCUCGAAUUGGGACCGGCGGUAACGCACAAUUAUACUAUUCGUAAUCUGGGUCCAUCUGAUAUCGUCGAGGCAGAGGCGUUCCUUGUUUGGCCCGCGCAGACUUUAUCCGGGAAGAUACUAAUGUAUUUAUUGGAACAACCGGAAACUGCAGGGCCGAUCGCUUGCGAAUCUGCCAACGCGAAUUAUCUUAGUUUAAAGUUGGAUCAACGAAGAAGGGUGCAUUUAAAUUAUCCCGAUUACUCCGGCGUAAUCCUGGACGAAUCGCAGUCAGGCAGAACAAUCAAUGUUCAAAGAGGCUUCGAGAUAGAUCGUAAUAAAGCGAAUCAAAAAGACGAAACCGAGAUUAAUAGUGGCGACAGUUCAAAUAUUCAGAAAUCACGACACUCCUCCUCGUCGUCAUCGUCAUCCACCUCUUCCUCUUCUUCCAGUACUACUGAGACUAGGAGGAUUCAGCUGAACCCAACGGGAGAGAAACCUGAAGUGCUUACUACUACGUACACGCAUAACUCUUCUGGAACUAGCUCAAUCGGUAGCGGUGACUUGUCCAGCCAUCGCGGUGGCGUUGCUUUUCACACGGAAUCGAGCGGUAGUUACGGUUCUACUUUAGGAGGAGGAUUCCGUGGGUCUGAAGAGGAAUCUUUUGGCUCAAGAUUGCCUGAUCUUGAACAAUCCUACGGAACAAAUCAAUCCGUUAGGAUGGAAAGUCGUUGGGAAGAAAGUAAAGCGCAAGGACGUACGAUUUCACCUCCAGGAAGGUAUGAUUCAAUUAUGACUGAGAGCGAUAGACGAUAUCAGGAUUUGCUGAGGCAGCAAGAAGAGACUCGUCUACGUCAAGAGGAGAAGACUCGACAAAGAAAGCUGCAGGAAGAAGCGCUUUUACUACAACGUCAGCAGGAGGAACAAGAACGUAUCGCUUUGCAACGUCAUCGAGAGGAGUUAGAUCGACGUCGGCAGGAGGAAGAUCGAUUGAGAGAGGAACGACUUAGGGAGGAACGGCGAAGAGAAGAAGAAUUGCACAGAGAGGCAGAAACACGGCACAGAGAGGAAGAAGAACGGCGAAGACUGCAAGAGGAAAAACGCUUGCAGGAAGAAAGAAAAGAACAUAGGUACAAUUAUGACGAGGAAAGGCGCUAUGACAUGACCACAGGUGGUUAUCAUCGAACUACAGAAGAUGAUUUCAUUACUGGCGAUCGCGAGGAGACGAUUGGAAGUCGAGAAUUUGGUUUGCAUAAUGUCAACUCUACAGAAGAAUUGGAGCGAAUCUUUGGCACGUUGUCAAAAGACGCAGCUAGCUAUCAAGUAUACAGUAGACAGGGACAGCAAUAUGUACAGUUUAAGGCGAGAUUCAGGACAUCCGCCGACAGGAAGGAGUACAUAGAGUUCCAGGAUAGCUCUAUGUUUCCCCUUCAAGAUCGUUAUGGUGGGCAAAGCUAUGUCUCAGAAUCUACGGAACCUCGCGAUAGUCGAUUUCUCAGAAUAGAAGGCCAAUUACUUGUCGCUCCGGACGGCAAAGGAUACAUCAUAUUGAAGGAUGGCCGAAGAUUCCCUCUUCAGGGUUCUUUUACGCACACUGAAGAAAGAACGUACACUUUGCGUGGUCCACAUGGUGGUGGCUACCAGGGUGGCGAUGCUAAUAAUCACGGCACUUACAGUCAAUCUUGGCAUGAGGAAUCAUCCAGUCAUGGUGCAACUUUGGACGGAGGUUACGAAAGCAGUUAUAAUACUCGUACACAUGAAGAAAGACGAGCAGAAGAAAGAACGAGUAACAGCAGGAUCUACGGAAAAAAUUCAUUUAAUGAUGAGUUCCCGACUGACAAACUGGAUCCCAAUUUUUCGAACUCGAGAUAUAGACGUGAGAGCGACAUGGUCGAUGUUGAGGAGUUUAAAAAAUUCGAAUGGCUACAUAGACAUCGACGAAAUCUUGAAUCGGACGACUUUUCAUCGGACUCUCCGUCUGACGCAGCUACGUUUCUGGAUGACGAUUAUUAUCAAGAGAACGAUCCCGAGUCGCAGAUACCAGUACGGUCAUGUGAUGCAGCAAAGUGCGUUAUGUUGCGAUGCGUACUAGGCCCAUUAAAGAAAGAUCAGGAAGUCUGGAUUAGCUCGAGAUACCGUGUGGAUGCUAAGACUUUGAAGGAAGUAGCUCUUGAGGAAAAGGUGAAGGUGUCGACGAAGCUGGUGGCACGUGUUACAAAGCAACCGUUCAUUGGUACGCCUGCCGAACAGGUCGUUAGAAGCAACGAAGUUAUGACGAAUAUUGAACCCAGUGCGGCACCUUCUGUUCCGGAUAUGAUUCCAAUAUGGGUGGUGGUUUUGUCGGCCUGCGCGGGAAUGAUAAUCCUCUUGUUGCUUAUUUAUCUACUUUAUAAGUGCGGUUUCUUCAAGAGGAACAGACCCUCCGAUGCUCCAGAAAGGCAACCACUGAACCGAAAUGGUCACUUCCAACAAGGCGAGGAUCACUAAACAAGGAUGACCGCCGUUCACUUUUGUUGUCAGAACUUUCGACUUUUUGACUAUAUUUUAUUGAAUUGUAAAUGAAUUAGGAAUCUCGGCUAUGCGACUGAAAAAUGACUUUCGGAUCGAGGGAACACGCAUUGCGUAGAUUCGCUUGGUGUAGUCUGCGAACACACUUUCGACUUCUGCCGAAUACUUUAUUAGCGUUCAAUAGUGCCUUAAUUCGUGUUCAGGCAAGACGAGUAUCUGCCGAGGUGCACUAAAAUGUUAAUUUCGAGUGACGAUCGAUUCGUUACUCGUAUACUGCCGCUGAAUACUCCUUCCAGCUCCUGCAGCUCGACCAUGCAAGUUUCUAGUCAGGAGACGUUCUUUUUUUUUAAUUAUUAUUAUCUGUAAUUACUUAAGCCGCGCGUACAGUCGGCAGAUACGAAUGAAUAUCUCGACAUUCUUCAAUGAAUCGUAUCUUCGUGUACAUAAGUAAUGUAUGUAUAAUGUUAUUUUUUGUAAUAUCGUCAUUACGGUAAAAUGCCUUGAUACGUGCCUCGUCGCUUUCGCUGUCUUUUUAGAUAGAGUAGAACUAAUUAUUUUUUUACCCGCGUUCGAUCGAACUCUCUAAAAUGAUUUCGAUCGAAAACAUAAAUAAUCUCUUUUAAGAGACCCCUUUUACACGAGCAUUUGAUGGCCGAAUGUCUUGAAUGUCAAAUUACGCCAUAUAAUUCUUCAGACAUUUUUUAGACGUUUUUAGUUUUUAAUUUUUAUAGUUUUGUAAUAUUUGGAUGGUACUUUGUUAAAAGUACUUCGCGAAUUUAGACCCGUUUGAAAGGGGUCUGUUACGAUUUUGAAAUCGCACAUGGGACUUUUUAAUUAUUUAUUAAAUUUUCAUGUUUUAAUGUAAUAAUGUAACGUAUGCUUGAACGCUAUAACAAUAGCGUGAUGCGUCGUCACGCGCGCAAGGUGAAUGUGUGUACAAUCUGUAAAUUAUUAAUUUACGUUACUAAAAACUGUCCACGAAAAGUGGUUUAACGCAAUAAUAUUUGAUUUGAAAGGAUUUGUAUCUUUCUGAUAUAAAUAGGAAGCUAGAAUUGACUUGUACAUACAAUGUUAAGAAAUAUAAUAUUUAAAAAAAUAUAUAUAUACAUAUAAUGAAAUUAACAUUAUUUUACGUAUAUCGCUAAUUUUUUCCCCAAAAAUCUGUUUAAAAUUCUAUUAUAGUUGAAAAAAGGAAAAUCACAUUUUGAAUAAAUUUAUACAAUCAUUUAUUGUAAAAUUACAAUGACGUAACAACGGUUGGCAUAAAUCAAAUGUUUGAUUAUAAUCAAUAAGUAUACUGUCUGUGCUACUUAUUAAUCGCAUUGAUCGCUGAAACCAGUGUAUAUUAUAUGUCCAAAUUAUAAGAAAAUUCUUCCGAAUAUAAAAAAAUA